AUGGUUGAAUCGGCAGUUACAACGACUCUUCACUAUCAAAUAGUGUACAGAGUCCAUGAUCAUGCGUUCAAGUUAUUGAAUCAAGGAUCUGAAGAUUCUCUUCUCAUUUCUGUAAAUACAAGAGAAGAGCCACACUGUGUUCAUGUCCCAAAACAAAUAUCCAAGCAGGAGCUAUUAAAUCUUUUGCCAGAAAAAUGGGUAACUAACUAUGAACAUAUCCACCAACAUGAUCAACCGAUCCGUUCCACAAAAAGUCAGAUCAUCACUAGGGCUGAUGGAACUAGUGAGAUCAAGUUUGAUCAUAGCCACUUGAAACAACUCCCAACCCCUCCAAUUUUCUCCACCCAGAUGAUGUUACAACCAAUACCCUCUGAUGGUUCAGAACCUGGCCAAGAAGCACCACUCAUACAGAGCUUCCAGCCAAAUGGGAAGCCUUUGUAUUUCUUCAAAGAUCCUACAAGACAUUGUCCUUGGGAUAUAAAUUGUUCAUGUGAUGGAUGUCAAAAUGCAACCUUUGAGGAUUUAGAUGAAGAAAUUCAGAAGACUCGCAGGAAGAAAAACCGUAAAAAAUCAACUUAG